UGUCGUUUGUUUUUGUUCGUUUGACAGCUGUCAUUUCUCUGCCCAUUUCCGUUUCUUUCUACUGACAACAACGCCAAGAUGAAAAUCGGUUUGUGUUCAUUCAGUGGGUACAAAAUCUACCCCGGUCAUGGCAAGACCAUGGUCAAAGUUGACGGCAAGACCUUCACUUUCUUGGACAAGAAAUGCGAACGCUCUUACUUGAUGAAGCGUAACCCCCGUAAGGUGACAUGGACCGUCUUGUACCGUCGCAAGCACCGUAAGGGUAUUGAAGAAGAAGCCACCAAGAAGCGUACCCGCAGAACACAAAAGUUCCAACGCGCUAUUGUCGGUGCUUCCUUGGCCGAAAUCAUGGCUAAGCGUAACAUGAAACCCGAAGUUCGUCGUGCCCAACGCGAACAAGCCAUCAAAGCCGCCAAGGACCAAAAACGCGCCACCAAGGCAGCCAAGAAAGCUACCCAACCCGCCCCCGCUAAGGCUAAGGCUGCUCCCAAACAAAAAGCCGCCAAGGUUACCCAAAAGGCUGCUCCCCGUGUAGGUGGCAAGCGGUAAAUUGUUUUAGCCAUUCAUUUAUGGUCUAAAGAAAGGAAGUGAAGUGUUUUU